CCCUCAUAAACCCCACACUCAGUCCAACUCCAUAGUGUUCGUCUAAUUAUACAUAAAUACUUUUGAGAUAAUAUAUUUUGUUUGCUUAUCAAACGUUAGAAAAUGAGUAAGAAAAUCACAUUUUUCGUGAAAAACAUUUUCAUCUGUACCAAACACAUCCUAUUACUUCAUUCAGCUCAUGUUGAAUAGAAGGGCAAAGGAAUUUGAUAGCUUAGUGCUGAACAGUUUGUGUGUCAUAGUCAUAGAUAGACCAAGAAAGCAGAAACUGGGAUUCAAAGAUGUCUUUUUUCUCUUAUGAUGCUGAUCCCUUGAGGUGUCUUCAGUGGCUAGAACAGAACAAUGGAUCUCUUACUCAACUUGGACGUCAACUUAAGAUAGAGCUAAAAUGGCUUAAAAUAUUUCUUCAUUGGUCAACAAAAUGCAACUCCUCCUUUGAGGAUUUGAAAGAUCUCUUCAAAGAUGUGGAAGCUGAAGUUCACUAUGCAAGAAAUGAACUUCACUCUCUAUGUUAUCGUGUUUCUCCUCCGAUUAACGAGAGUUUGGGAUCUGUUAUUUUCGAUAUAAUAUCAAGAAUUGAACCUUUUAAACUGCAAGUCAAAGAAGCUUUUAUGUCUGUUUCACAAUGCUUACUACAACCUGAAGAUGAUCUUUCCCUGGAGUUCAUUGAUUCUGUUGUGGAAUUUCUUGAGGAUUUGUUGUGUUAUUAUGAUGACAAACUUAUUGUUCCAGAGGUGAAGGAACAGAUGGAAUCUCUUCAAUACAAGCUAAGAUUUUCGAGAGAUUUUCUGCGAUUGACCCAAAAAGAGUGCACUGAUUUAGAGAAAUGGAAAUCUCUCCUGAUGCAUAGUGAAAACUUAGCUGCAAAAACUGCAGGUGUUUCUUUACUAGAUGAAGAUUUGGAUAAAGAAAGAUCACUAAGCAUGAAGCUUGAGGUUUAUGAUCUUUCUCGAGAUGUUAUCCCUAUUAAGCAAGAACUUGCAGGAGUUUAUACUGUUCUCUUGAAAGGACUUAUGACUCAGAAACCACGGACUUGCUCUAUGGAUGAAUUUGUGGUGGGAUUUGUUGACUUCCUCUUGAAGAAUAUAGUUGAAGUACAAAAAGAGUGUGAGGUAGGUGGACUCGAAACACUUCAUGAAGAGUUAAGACUCCUGGUUUAUUUCCUAUCAGAUCCACCAAAGGAGUAUGUGGAAGAAGAGAAGGUGAAUGAGUACUUGAUUCAAAUCGAAGCUGCAAUCCACGAGGUAGCAUCUGCUAGUUACACUUUUGAUAUCAAAGAAACAAACGAUGAUUUGCUGAGGAAAAUUGAGUUUAUCACAAGAGAAGUUAAAGAGUUUUAUCAAAGGGUUCCAAGGUCCUCAAGGUAUGCAUCUCCUAGGACUAAUGGAUUAGGCUUCAUUGAUCUUCUUUUAGGAAAUUUGAAUGAGCUGCUUACUGUAAAGGCUGACUUGAUUGCACCUGUGAAGCACCAAAUUGAAGCAAUCAGCAGAGAUCUAGAGAUCAUGAGAUCUUUUCUUGUUGAUUUUUCAAAUGACGAAUAUGAGCAAGAAAAGUUGAAGGAUCUUACUGAUCGUGUUAUCGAUGUGGCCUACAAAUCAGAGUAUGUAAUUGACUCAUUCAUGGUAAAGAGUGGACCUCUCUGGAGAUACAUGUUAUCAGAUUUAGAAAAAGAUAUUAAGCUUGUUAAGCUUGAGAUUGCCAAUACUUGUGCCACGGAACGGUUCAAGGAAUCAACACCUGUUGUCAUAGCCAGUUCAACUCAAGAUAUUGUAGCAAUGGAGGAAGUUGUUGGCUUUAAGGAUGAGGCUUGGGAGAUAAUAGGGCGGCUUACAAGGGGACCUGUGCAGCUAGACACUGUCUCAAUAGUCGGUAUGCCAGGUCUUGGUAAGACUACUUUAGCCAAAAUGAUCUAUAAUGACAACUAUGUUGCCAACUACUUCUAUAUUCGUGCAUGGUGUUGCAUCUCGCAAACAUAUAACCGGAGACAGUUGUUGCUUGUUAUAUUAAGUCAAGUUACUAAGAUUUCCAAUCGUGUAACGGACACUAUGAGCGAUGGAGAUUUAGCUGACAAGCUGCGUAAGUGUUUGAUCAGAAAGAGAUACCUCAUUGUCAUAGAUGAUAUAUGGACAAUCGAGGCGUGGGAUGACUUGAGUGGAUGUUUUCCAGAUGAUGACUAUGGAAGUAGAAUUCUCUUCACAAGCAGACUCCAACACGUGGCUUCACAAGUUAAUUGCGAUGGCGUUCAUCUCCUUCGAUUCCUCUCAAAAGAAGAAUGUUGGGAAUUGCUCCAGUUGAAAAUAUUCCCAAAAGAAAGUUGUCCUUUGGAAGAACUAAUUGAAAUUGGAUUCAUAAUUGCAGAAAAGUGUCAAGGCCUUCCUCUUUUUGUUGUUCUAGUUGCUGGACUUCUAUCAAAGAUAGAAAGAUCUAGAGAUUGUUGGGAAAAGUUUGAGGUAAAUUUGAGUUCAAAACAGUUGAUGGACAUAGUAGAUAUGAGCUAUCAGAAUUUACCACAUCAUUUGAAACCUUGUUUCCUCUACUUGGGAGUGUUUCUGGAGGACAAGAAAAUUCCUGCUUCGCAAUUGAAAUGGCUGUGGAUUGCAGAAGGGCUUGUCCAAAAAUCGCUAACGGAGAGCUUAGAAGAUGUUGCUGAGCAUUACUUAAUGGAGCUUGUUAGUAGAAGUCUAGUGUUAGUUUCUGAAAGACGACUUACCAGAGGUAUCAAAGCAUGUCGUGUCCAUGAUCUCCUACGCGACUUCUGCUUGGAAAAAUCCAAAGAAGAGAACUUUCUUGAGUGGAUAUAUGAGUCGCAUGGAUCCCAUGAUAUUCAGAUUUAUGGUCAAGAUUGGGGUGCUGAUCCUCAUCAUCCUUUUUCCUCAGACCUCAAAUCAUAUCAUCAGAGGCGGCUUUGUGUUUACACCAAACGAAACAAGUUCAUCCUCUCAAGGCCUUCCGAUUACUUAAGGUGUUGGAUUUGAGGAGCAUCAACUUAGGUUCUUCUUUCCAACGCGUUCUGUUUUCGCUUGUUCAACUAAAAUACUUGGCAGUACAAGGUGCUUUUGAUCUUAUUCCUACACCAGAAGGUCAAUUUUGCAACCUUGAAACUUUUCUU